CUAUGUCCUUGCUUGACUAGUAGUCUGCUAGUACUAGACCCAUAGUUACCCGAGAAAUCGGAACUCGGCCCCUCGCCGUCUAAUUCUAGACACCGCAACAAUGGCGACGACGAGGAGGACAACCAUGCUCUGCCGCCUCUUUGCCUGUGCCGCCGUUCUUCUUCUCGUCUUCCACCAUGUACCACUCGCUAUCGGACAACCGUUCCCGCAGCAGGUCUGCAACGACACCUCCGGAAACUACACGGAGAACAGCGCCUACCAGGCAAACAUCCGUCUCCUCCAAAGCGCCCUCCCAAACAAGGCGUCGUCCUCCCCAGCUCUCUUCGCCACCGGCACCGCGGGCACGGGGGCGGACGCGGCCUACGCUCUUGCGCUCUGCCGCGGCGAUACCAACGCCUCCUCGUGCGCGAGCUGCGUCUCGGAAGCGUUCGUGUACGCGCAGCAGCUCUGCGCGCUAAAGAAAGGAGCCACCAUGUACAACAACCCCUGCAUCCUACGGUACGCCGACUGGGACUUCCUGGCCAACACCACCGACAACAGGGGGAAGCUGAUCGCCUGGAGCUUCGACAACGUCAGCUCGUCGGCGGCACCGGCGUUCGACGCUGCCUCCGGCCGGCUCGUCAACGCAACCGCUGACUACGCGGCGAACAACUCGGCCAGGCGCUUUGGCACAGGUGAACUGCCGUUUGACCAGACUUACCCCAAGAUCUACUCGCUGGCGCAGUGCACACCGGACAUGACGGCGGCGGACUGCCGGACAUGCCUUGGGACCAUCAUCAGGACGUUCACGCCCACGUAUUUCACCGGGAAGCAUGGCGGGAGAGUCUUAGGAGUGCGCUGCAACUUCAGAUUUGAGACAUAUCAGUUCUUCUCUGGCCGCCCGCUAUUACAACUCCUGGCGCCGCCCGGGCCACCGCCAUCGCCAUCGCCACAGCCAUCGGUGACCGGCCAAGGGAGAAGAAGAGAUAGAACAGCACUGAUCUUGGCCACUGCAUUGCCUUUAGCUGCUGCAAUAUUAAUAGCUCUCGCAGUGACGUGUUUUUGUUUUCGGAGUAGAAGAACAGAAGCACGACAGGACUCUGCAAAACCAUAUUCUACUAAUCCAGACAACAUCCAAAGCAUCGAUUCACUCCUUCUUGACCUAUCCACCCUACGUUCAGCAACGGAAAACUUUGCUGAAAGCAGUAAGCUUGGCGAAGGAGGGUUCGGAGCGGUUUAUAAGGGAGUCCUUCCUGAUGGCCUAGAAAUUGCAGUGAAGAGGCUCUCGCUUGGCUCCAGACAGGGAGUGGAAGAGCUGAAAACAGAGCUAGUAUUGGUCGCCAAGCUUCAGCACAAGAACCUUGUGAGGCUCGUAGGCGUUUGCUUGGAAGAACAAGAGAAAAUACUUGUGUAUGAAUACAUGCCAAACAGGAGCCUCGACACCAUACUUUUUGAUUCUGUGAAAAGCAAAGAGCUAGAUUGGGGGAAGAGACUCAAGAUUGUAACCGGAGUUGCUCGAGGCUUGCAAUAUCUCCAUGAAGAGUCUCAACUCAAGAUAGUUCAUCGAGACCUCAAACCAAGCAAUGUGCUACUUGACUCUGAUUACAAUCCAAAGAUAUCUGACUUUGGCUUAGCAAAGCUCUUCGAGAAGGACCAAUCCCAAGGUGUCACUAGUCAUAUCGCUGGAACAUAUGGAUACAUGGCACCUGAAUACGCGAUGCAAGGGCAGUAUUCGGUGAAGUCAGAUGUUUUCAGUCUUGGUGUUUUGAUCUUGGAGAUGGUGACAGGGAGGAAAAACAGUAGCUUGGAUAACUCGGAGGAAUCAGUCGACCUCUUAAGUCUCGUAUGGGAGCACUGGAGCACAGGAACAAUCGAAGAAUUGCUGGAUCCAUUCCUGAUGAGCCGCCAAGCUCCCCCAGAUCAGAUGUCGAAGCUCGUCAACAUCGGGCUGCUGUGUGUUCAGGACAGCCCUGCAGAUAGGCCGACGAUGUCAUCUGUAAGCGUCAUGCUUAGCAGCAACACAGUCUCGCUCCAGGUCCCGUCGAGGCCUACAUUUUGCGUUCAGGAGUUGGAAGGCGACUCGCACCUUUACACGGAUGCGUAUAAAAGGGCACUAAAGUUGCAGUCCACCGACAAAACAAAGGCAACGAUAAUGUCGCCGAAUGAGGUGUCGCUCACAGAGCUUGAACCAAGAUGAGAAUGAGCCUUCAGCCUUCCCAAGGUGUAUCACGCAGCCUCUCAUAUAUAUACUCUACUUUUGACAAAUAAAUCUCCUACUUGCCCGAGAUACCCUAACCAUGUGUUUGUGCAUUUAGGAUUCUCUUGGCUUGUAAGAAUGAACUAGCUAGGGCCUAGGAGUAAUAAAAAAAAUUAGGAAUAUAUAUUAUGUACCAAAAGAUCCAGUCAUAUAACAUCAUGUUCAGGGUCAUGUAGGGUAUCUACUUAUGCCAUUUCAAUUCAGUGUAUUGGUGUAAGUUAUAAAUCUAAAAGAGACUAUAUAUGUUUUUUUUCUGUGUAUAUUUCGAGAGCUCAAUGGAUUAUUACAGGUAUUUCUGAACUA